AUGCAGCUGAACAAUAAUGUCACCGAGUUCAUUCUGCUUGGGCUGACACAAGACUCUGUUAGGAAGAAAAUAGUGUUUGUGACUUUCUCACUUUUGUAUUUUGGAACAUUGCUGGGUAACCUGCUAAUCAUUGCUACCAUCAAGACCAGUCAGAUGCUCAGGAGCCCAAUGUACUUCUUCCUCUUCUAUUUAUCCUUGUCUGACACCUGCCUCUCUACUUGCACGGCCCCUAGAGCUAUUGUGGGCUCCCUUUUGAAGAAGACCGUGAUUUCCUUCAGUGAGUGCCUAAUCCAAGUCUUCUCCUUGCAUUUGUUUGGCUGCCUGGAGAUCUUCAUCCUGAUCCUCAUGGCCGUGGACCACUACGUGGCCAUCUGUAAGCCUCUGCACUACAUGACCAUCAUGAGCCGUAGGGUCUGUGCAGUGUUGAUGGCUGUGGCCUGGGUGGGGUCCUGUGUGCAUUCCUUAGCUCAGAUUUUCCUGGCCUUGAGCCUGCCUUACUGUGGUCCCAACGUGACCGAUCACUAUUUCUGUGACCUGGAGCCCCUGUUGGAACUCGCCUGUGCAGACACCUACGUGGUCAACCUGCUGCUGGUGUCCAAUAGUGGGGCCAUUUGUUCAGUGAGCUUUGUCUUGCUGAUGUUCAACUAUGUUGUCAUCCUGCAUUCUCUCAGAAACCACAGUGCUGAAGGGAGGAGAAAAGCCCUCUCCACCUGCAUCUCCCAUAUCACCGUGGUCGUCUUGUUCUUUGGACCCUGCAUAUUUAUCUACACACGCCCUGCCACCACCCUCCCCAUGGAUAAGAUGAUAGCUGUGUUUUACACGGUUGGGACACCUCUGCUCAACCCUCUGAUUUACACACUGAGGAAUGCAGAAGUGAAAAAUGCCAUGAGGAAAUUGUGGAGCAAGAAAGUCAUCUCGGAUGACUUAAAAUGA